AUGCAUGUUGGUACUAUUGUGGAGUCGAAUGAUGCAACUUUCUUUGAGGACAUAUUUCCUAUGAAGGAUAUGUCGAGUUCAUCAAAUGAGGAGAUACCUACUCCAUCUAGUGAGGAAUUCGUUGUAAUUCCUGAACCCACCAUUGCGAUGGAACACGUUGAGAAUCCUGUUGAGGGUGACAAUGGAAGUCCUGUGAGGAGUAAGAGACAGAGGACUGCAAAGUCCUUUGGUGAUGAUUUCAUUGUGUACCUUAUGGAUGACACACCCAUGACUAUUUCAGAAGCCUAUGCGUCUCCUGAUGCUGACUACUGGAUGGAAGCUGUUCGUAGCGAGAUGGAUUCCAUCUUAGCUGACGGAACCUGGGAGAUCACUGACCGUCCUUAUGCGUGCAAACCUGUAGGAUUGCAUCGAGCAGUUUUCGGUCUGGAUCGCUUGGCUUGGUUUUCGGCUCAUCUCGUCGCCUUGUUCCUCCUCCUCCUCUCACAUCUCGCGACCCCCUCAUCGGCGACAACAACUCGGCUGGGAGCCGAUCUCCUGGGCGCGGCGCGUGCGCCUCCCUUCGAGUCAUGGCUGCGCGGCCUGCGUCGGCGCAUCCACCAGCGCCCGGAGCUGGCCUUCCAAGAGCACCGCACAAGCGAGCUCGUGCGCGCCGAGCUCGACACGCUCGGCAUCCCAUAUGUCUGGCCCGUCGCCCAGACCGGCGUCGUGGCGACCAUCAUCGGAGGCGGCGGCGGCUCCGGGCCUGUCGUCGCGCUCCGGGCCGACAUGGACGCGCUCCCCCUGCAGGAAUUGGUUGAUUGGGAGUACAAGAGCCUCGAAAGUGGCAAGAUGCAUGCUUGUGGACAUGAUGCCCAUGUGACAAUGCUUCUAGGAGCUGCCAAGCUACUUCAAUCUCGGAAAGAAGAUUUAAAGGGUACUGUCAAGCUUGUGUUCCAGCCUGCUGAAGAGGGCUACGCCGGGGCUUACUACAUUUUAAAGGAGGGUGUCCUCGAUGAUGUCUCCGCCAUUUUCGGCUUGCAUGUCUUCCCACAUCUUCCUGUAGGGGUCGUCGCAUCAAGGCCUGGUCCAUUCCUUGCAGCUGCAGCUCGGUUUACCGCAACGAUCACGGGAAAAGGUGGGCACGCCGGUAACCCUCACGAUGCCGUUGAUCCUGUCAUUGCUGCUUCCUCCGCCAUUCUCAGCCUUCAGCAACUGGUCGCCCGUGAAACCGAUCCACUCGAGUCAGCUGUGGUGUCUGUUACACAGCUGAGAGGAGGUGAUGCUUACAAUGUAAUUCCCGAAUCUGCGUCGUUUGGCGGCACCUUUCGGAGCAUGACAGAUGAAGGCCUGUCAUAUCUAAUGAAAAGGGUGAAAGAGAUCAUAGAGGCCCAGGCUGCCGUGCACCGCUGCACAGCCAUUGUCGACUUCAUGGAGGAGAAGCUAAAGCAUUACCCAGCCACUGUCAACGAUGAAGGGAUGUAUGACCAUUCCAAGGAAGUGGCCGAGGCCAUGCUCGGGGAAGCUAAUGUGAAGGUGGCUCCCCGGAGCAUGGGCGGCGAGGACUUCGCGUUCUACGCCCAGAGAGCGGCGGGCGCAUUCUUCUUCAUCGGUGUAGGUAAUGAGACCACCAUGGAUAUGGUUCGUCCGGUGCACUCCCCGCAUUUCGUCCUCGAUGAGGAUGUUCUUCCUAUUGGAGCUGCGUUUCACGCUGCGGUUGCCAUUGAGUACCUGUGUUAGAGAAUCCUAUAGAUUGUAGUCCGUAUCAAAUACAAUCUGUAGGUUAGAUCAACUUGUACUCCACGUUUGUAAUGUCCUUGCUGUCUAUAUAUAUAAUAUGCAAUGUAAACGAUUGAGGCGAGCAAUUGCAGCCCGAUCUUGUUUUCCUACCUAAUCUAAUUACAUAUUUGCUAUUUUACAUCUAGAUGUAAUAUAUUAUCUCACAUAUCUAAAUCUAGUACCAUCCGAUCUAUUGCUGCUUGUUUUUUCGUGCAAGCUUGAUUUGUGUCGCUCGUUGCUUUCCCUGUCGUAGCCGUUCUGUUUUCUCCGGCCUCGUAUGUGUGCAGCUUUGAUCGAUUGUUUUUUGGCCCGUUGUCCCUGUGUCUGUGUGGGCCUGUUUUUUUCUUCCUUACCGUUCUCUACUAAUGAGAGGCAGAGUGCUUUGUCCUUUUUUAUUCUUAUUAAUUCACUCGCUUCAUCUCUAUCUUCUCACUUCAAUUUUGCCUUCUCAUUGAUUUGGUGUUGGCCAGCUCUACCCAUAAAAGAAGGGCCUGGCGCUCGUCACUUGCCUUCUUCACUCUCUAUUUUUUAUCUUCUGUUUUUGCUUUUUUUGUUUCUUUUUGUUUUCUUUUAUUUUCUCUUUUUCAUUUUUGUUUUAAAGUCAUGGAUUUUUUUCUUCAGACUUGCUAAGUCACAUCUAGAUGUGAUAUAGUUUAUGUCUACAUUUCUCACCACAAGAUCUAGAGUUGUAAUUUUCAUGCAAAAUUUAUGAUUGUCCACUGCACGUAACUUCCUUUUGAUGUUUGUGUAAGCGUGUGGCCUGUUGAUUGCGUUACGUGUGCGUGUGGGGUAGUCUUUUUGUUUGCACCUGGGCCUGGAUUGUGCUGGUCCUUUAUGUUUGUGUCCGUCUGGAGAGUGCCAAUUGGAAGAGUCAGGGGCAAGCAUUUUUUUCCCAAGCAUUUUCUGUUCGCCACUCUCUAUACUCACUAUCUUUUGAUUUUUCCCUUGUUUGUUUUUUCCAUUUUUUCUUUUGGUUUUUAAAUUUUUAUUUUUUUAUUUCAUUUCUAUCAUAAAAUUUAUGAUUUUUAAUUUCAUAAAUAUAUUUUAAAAUGACUCAUUCUGUGGGUUGCAGCUUUUCUUACUCUAUGUUGUGGGUGCGGUCCAGUUUUUGUAUAGAGUAACCCGACUCGUUGCUCGCUCUCUCUCUUUGUUCUGUUGAGCUACGGUUUGGUUUUUUAUUUUUCUUUAUUUAUUUAUUUUGUUUUGUUUUUAUAUUUUUUUUCCUUUUUAUUUUUGUGUAGUAGUCUCAGUUACA